AUGGUUCUGGCAGUUCAGUCCAUGACAGAUUGGACAAAGGAAAGGGACCUGGAUAAGGAACAGGACCAGGAUCAGGGGCGCUUGUGGUCCUGGAGCCUCAGGCAGCUACACCACAGCCAGAGCAAGAGCUGGAGUCAGGGCCGGUGCUGGGAGCCAAGCUUGGGCUCAGACUCUGAUGAUGAGAGACAGAUGAAAAAGAAGAAAAGAAGCCACAGCCAGGACCAGCACCGUAAGGACCAGAGGGAACAGUGCUCAUGGUCCUGGGGCUGGUCCUGCAGCUCCAGCCUGGAGCGCAGGCAGGACAUGGCAGCACGGAGCCAGGAGUGGCACCACAGGAGGGAUGGAUCCAAGUCCUCUGUGUCCUCCAUCAGCUCCCCCGCUCCACCAUGCCCCCAAGAGGAACUGGGACAGCAGCUGAGCCUGAGGGAAGAAGAGAAGAAGCAAGCAGCUAUGCUGAAGGCCUUGGAGACACCCAAGGAGAAGCGAGCACAAAAGUUGGCCAAGAAGGAAGCCAAGGAGAGAAAGAAACGGGAGAAGGUGGGCUGGAAUAAGGAGUACAUGGGCUUCACCAACACUGGCAAUCCUUUUGGGGACAAUAACCUGCUGAGCACAUUCAUCUGGAUCACGGCCCUGGAAAAGAAAGAGAUCAGCCAUCUGAAUGAGAAGGACCUGAAGAAGAGGAUCAAGCGAAUCCAGGAGGACAAUCACCUGGAGCUGCAAAAGGUGAAGCAGAUGCGCCGGGAGUGGGAAAAAGCCAUGAGGGAGCAGGAGGUGAAGAUGCUGCAGCGGGAGAAAGAGGCAGAGCACUUCAAAACCUGGGAAGAGCAGGAGGACAACUUCCACUUGCAGCAGGACAAGCUGCGGUCUAAGAUCUGGAUUCAGGAUGGGAAGGCAAAACCCAUGGAUCUUCUGGCCAAGUACAUCAGCGCAGACAACGAUCACCUGGCUGUGGAGAUGCACGAGCCCUACACCUUCCUAAACGGCUUGACCAUCUCUGACAUGAAGGACCUGGUGGAAGACAUCCUGGUGUACAUGGAGCUGGAGCAAGGGAAGAACAUGGACUUCUGGAGGGACAUGACCAUCAUCACAGAGGAUGAGAUAGCCAAGCUGGAGACCUUUAGGAAAGGUGGACCAGGGGAGCGUCGUGAUGGUGUCAACGCCUCACUCAGCUCAGAUGUGCAGUCCGUCUUCAAGGGGAAGACCUACAACCAGCUGCAAGCUCUAUACCAGGGCAUCGAGAGCAAGAUCCAGGCAGGAGGGCCCAACCUGGACACUGGGUACUGGGAGAACCUUCUGCAGCAGCUGAAGCCUUACAUGGCUCUGGCCAGGUUACAGGAGCGGCACCAAGACAUGCUGAGUCAGAAGCUCUACAAGCUGAAGCAAGAGCAGGGUGUGGAGUGUGAACCACUCUUGCCCAUCAUCAAGCAGGAGCCGGCUUCCCCCAGCAACAGGCUGGAGCCUGAGGAGAGUCUUGAGGCACAGCCAAGGCCAUCCUCAGAGCCAGAGCAGGACACAGAGGCCAAGGGAGAGGCAUAUGGGGAGGCUGUGCUGAUGGAGGAGGAUCUGCUCCAGCAGAGCCUGGAUGACUAUGAUGUGGGCAAGUACAGCCCCCGGCUGCUGGGCCCCAAUGAGCUGCCCUGCAAUGCCCAUGUCCCGGAGGCCGAGGAGGACACACACCAGCUGCUACUCCUGCGCCAGCAGCUCCAGGUGACAGAUAACACUUCCAAGAAUACCCACAACAUCUUCGUCCAUAAGGCUGAGGAGGGCAUGGGAGCAGACAAGGCUCAGUUCAGUGUGGAGAUGCCACUCACAGGCAAGGCCUAUGUGUGGGCUGACAAGCACCAGCCAUGCAAGCCCUGCUUCUUCAACCGUGUGCAAGGCUUCGAGUGGAACAAGUACAACCAGACCCACUACGACAUCGACAACCCCCCACCCAAGAAUGUGCAGAGCCAUAAGUUCAACAACUUCUACCCCGACCUCAUUGACAAGAGUUCAGUGCCUGAGUACUUCCUGGAGGCCUGCCAGGACAGCAAGGACUUUGCCAUCCUGCGCUUCCAUGCUGGGCCACCCUAUGAGGACAUCACCUUCAAGAUUGUCAGCAGAGAGUGGGAGUAUUCCCAGCGCCACAGCUUCUGCUGCCCGUUUGCCAGCGGCAUCUUCCACCUCCGGUUCCACUUCAGGCAGUACCGGUACCACCGGUGA